AUGGCCUCAACGGGUAUUUCUCUUGUCCCCCAGGCAAAGAAUGUGAUAGUCUUUAAGAAUGGAGAUCCUUUCUUUACUGGAAGAAAGCUUGUGGUCAACCAGAGGCAGAUUCUAACUUUUGAAUCUUUUUUAAAUGAAGUAACAAACAACAUCAAUGCUCCUGUGGCUGUGAGAAAUAUUUACACACCGAGUGGGGGACACCGGGUCCUUCAAUUAAAUGACCUACAGAAUGGAUGCCAUUAUGUGGCCGCAGGAUUUGAAAGGUUUAAAAAAAUAGAAUUCCUUUCCCCUGGAUCUCCACGCACACUAAAGCUUCACCUUCCUAAGUGCACUUUCAGAUCUUUGGCUGUGCCAAGCAGAAUACCACUGCUCCAAAAGGGUGUUUCUCAGGUGAAUGCAAAGUUGGAACAAGUUGGAACACGUCCUUCUUCCACUUUCAAGGUGAGGGCUGUUUAUUCCAACAGAGUAAACAUCUCUGCUCGAUGGAGGAAAUACAUUCCAAUACCAUGUAUAGUUAAUAUUUUUAGGAAUGGGGAUCUGCUGAACCCACCUUUUCGAUUAAUUAUUCCCAAGCACGUGAUGACAAAUUGGGAUAAGAUUCUUGCAAUGAUAACUGAGAAAGCAAACAUCCGAACUGGAGCUGUCCGGAGACUUUGCACAAUGGAUGGACAGUUAAUAAACAAUGGCGCUCAGUUAGAAAGUGGACAGUACUAUGUAGCUGUUGGAUCUGAAAAGUUCAAAAACCUUCCUUACCUUGAACUCCUCGUUUGCAAAAUGCCUUCACAAAAUGCUUGCAGAAGUCAACAAAUGAUCAGACACAAGAAUCACAGCAAAGAGUAUAUCCUAUCCCAAGAUGGAGUCAGUGAUUCUGCGCUCUUGUCUUCAGCUGCUAAGUCAGAUAAGAGGAGAGUCCAGUCUACAGGAGAUGCAGGAACAGCUCAAGUCCUAGUGUCCCCACGGACGGUGAGGGGGAAGCAAAGAAAGAACAACAGCCAGAAAGCACAUUCUAUUUUCUUUGCAAAACCAGUUAAAGUGAAGUCAAAUCGAAAUCUGACAAAGAAUUCACAGCUUGGGGAUGAUACCAAAGAUGACAGAAGUGUUUUUAAAGUGAAUGAAAAACGAGCUGAGCUGCAAGGAGCUCAAGAAAUUCCUGAUGAUGAAAACACCAAAGUUGAACUGCCACUCGAUAAGAGAGUGGCUGAAAUUGUUGAAGAUGAAGUCAUUCCUGAAGAAGAGACGUAUCAUGUUGAAGAGCUUGGCAACACAUAUGCAGAAAAGACACUGGCCUCUGAAAUAUCUCGAACAUGCAGCAGCCUCCACAAUGUUGCAGCUGACAAACUUCUUAAUGGUUCUGUCUUUGGGGAUGCAGUGGGCACAGUUUGUGCAUCUAAUGGGCUGGACAUGGCUGUGGCCUUUCUUGGCACGUCCGUUAUUCCUUUGCUUCUGCAGCACUAG